UGUUGAGAGAGAAAAAACAAGGUAAGUGUUGAGAGAGAAAAAACAAGGUAAGUGUUGAGAAUGAGUGAAGAGCUUCAAAUAGUUGUAGCACAAAAGAAUGUUGAGGCACAAUAUGUAGAGAUGAUGGUGCCUUUGUAUUCUUUUGGAUGUGAGAGGAAAAUCAAGAAUGCUUUGGCUAAUCUCAAAGGUAUAUAUUCAGUUAACGUAGAUUUUCAGCAACAAAAGGUGACGGUGUGGGGAAUUUGUGACAGAUGCGACGUUCUCUCGAAAGUGAAGAACAAGAGGAGAGGAGCACGCUUUUGGGAAUUAGAAGAUCAAAUUCGGGUGCAAGAGUCGGGUGUUGCUUCCAUGCCUUCAUCGCCACAACAUUCUUCGAUUUCUAUUAAGAAGAAUUCUGCAAAAUAUUUGGCGAUGAUCAAACGACAGUCCCUCAACUUGAGCCUGUCGAUGAUGAAGAGGAGUCCAUCGAUGAAUUGGAGAGCUCUGAAAAAAGUGUUUAAUAGAUCAAACUCAUUUUAGAAAAAAAUGAGAAAAGUUACUAUGUGAGAUUCAUGAAUAUUAUCUUUCUCCACUUUUUGAGAAAAAUUGAGUUGUACCACUUGGGUUGAACAAAAACAAAUAUUUACAAUUCUA